UUAAUCAAAUUUAAUUUUUAUUUUUUCAAAAUGAGAUUGUUACUAGUAUUGACUAUUCUAACAGUUUAUUGUGAGCUCAGCGUUGGACUAGCACUUCCUUCAAUUCCUUGGUCAAGAUACGGUGAGCCAUUAUAUUUAACACCAUUAAUAAAUGAAAAUAUUACAGAAGCAAAAGAAUUAGCUGAAGUCAAUUUAAAAGCAUCGCAUGCAAAGAAAGUUGAAAGCUAUGCAGGAUUAUUUACAGUUAAUAAAAAAUACAAUUCCACAUUAUUUCAUUGGUAUUUUGUGGCCGAAGAGAAGCCAAGAACUGCUCCAGUAUUAUUAUGGUUAAAUGGUGGUCCUGGAACAUCAUCGCUUUUAGGAUUAUUCGAAGAACAUGGACCAUUCAUAGUUAACGAGGAUAUUGAAUUAGAGUCAAGGGAAUAUUAUUGGACAAAAAAUCACCAUGUGAUUUAUAUAGAUAGUCCAGUUGGUACUGGUUUCAGUUACACUGAUUGUGAAGAAGGAUAUUCAAAAAAUACCGAUGAUGUUUCUAAAAAUUUACACGAAGCAUUAGAGCAAUUUUUUAAAUUGUGGCCAAAUUUGAAAAAGAAUGACUUUUAUUUAACUGGUGAAUCGUAUGGUGGAAAAUAUUUACCAAAUUUAGCUCACUUAAUUAUUAAAAAACGUAAAUUUAAAAAUUUUAAGGGAGUAGCAAUUGGUAACGGAUUCACCGAUCCAGUGAUGCAAGUAAAAGGAGCUGGUGAAUAUUUAUAUCAACAAGGGUUUGUGGAUGCUGCAACCAGAGAUUUGUUUAAUGAAAAGGAACAAAAAUGUUCAGAAAUCGUUGAAAUAAUUAAUCAAAAUCAACUUCACUUAUUGAAAAAAGGUGAAAACCCCCUACAACCAUGUCGGGAUAUAAUGGACCCAUUUUCAAAUAACACUUUGUUCGCAAACGCUACUGGUUAUGGUUAUGUUUAUAAUAUCUUACAAUCUCGACCACCAGUUGCAGAAGAUUCUCGACUAGAAGCAUACCUUGAUAAAGCUUCUGUUCGUAAAUCUAUUCAUGUUGGAAAUUUACCAAGACAUUUUGAACAAUUGAAUGUUCAACAACAUUUAGGAGUAAGUAUUUUGGAAUCAGAGAAAAAACAUGUGGAAGAAUUAUUGGCAAAGAAUUACAAAGUAUUAAUUUACAAUGGACAAUUGGACAUUAUUUUCCCGUAUGUUAUAACUGUUAAUUAUUUGAAAACAUUGGACUUUGAAUAUAUGGAUGAAUAUAAUAAAGCACCGCGUUUAAUUUGGAAAGUGGAUGACGAUGUGGCGGGAUAUAUUAAAAGUGCUGGACCUUUAACAGAGGUGAUGGUUAUUGGUGCUGGACAUAUGGUUCCAACGGAACAACCAAAACGUGCAUGGGAUUUAAUUACUAAAUUUACGAGAGAUAAAUUACCAAAAUAAAUAAAAUA